UUGAAGUCCCUCAGCUCCUGCUGCGGUGCCGCUCCUUCUAGGAUGGCUGCCCUAGUUGUAAGCAAGCCUGGAACGGGGCUGGACAGUGGCCGUCAGGGCAGCCGCGGUACGGCCGUGGUGAAGGUGCUGGAGUGUGGAGUUUGUGAAGAUGUAUUCUCUUUGCAAGGAGACAAAGUUCCUCGCCUUCUGCUUUGUGGCCACACAGUCUGUCACGACUGUCUCACCCGCCUGCCUCUUCAUGGAAGAGCAAUCCGUUGUCCUUUUGAUCGACAAGUAACAGAUCUAGGAGAUUCAGGUGUCUGGGGAUUGAAAAAAAAUUUUGCUUUAUUGGAGCUUUUGGAACGACUACAGAAUGGACAUAUUGGUCAGUAUGGUGCUGCAGAAGAAGCCAUUGGGAUAUCUGGAGAGAGCAUCAUUCGUUGUGAUGAAGAUGAAGCUCAUGUUGCAUCGGUAUAUUGCACUGUAUGUGCAACUCACUUGUGCUCAGAGUGUUCGCAAGUUACUCAUUCUACAAAGACAUUAGCAAAACACAGGCGAGUGCCUCUUGCUGAUAAACCUCAUGAGAAAACCAUGUGCUCUCAGCAUCAGGUGCAUGCCAUUGAGUUUGUUUGUUUGGAAGAAGGCUGUCAAACUAGCCCACUUAUGUGCUGUGUCUGCAAAGAAUAUGGAAAACACCAAGGCCACAAGCAUUCAGUAUUGGAACCAGAAGCUAACCAGAUCCGAGCAUCAAUUUUAGAUAUGGCUCAUUGCAUACGGACCUUCACUGAGGAAAUCUCAGAUUAUUCCAGAAAGUUAGUUGGAAUCGUUCAACACAUUGAAGGAGGAGAACAAAUAGUAGAAGAUGGACUUGGAAUGGCCCACACAGAACAUGUACCAGGUACUGCAGAGAAUGCCCGGUCAUGUGUUCGAGCUUAUUUUUCUGAUCUACAUGAAACUCUGUGUCGUCAAGAAGAAAUGGCUCUAAGUGUUGUCGAUGCCCAUGUUCGAGAAAAAUUGAUUUGGCUCAGGCAACAACAAGAAGAUAUGACUAUUUUGUUGUCCCAGGUUUCAACAGCCUGUCUCCAUUGUGAAAAGACUUUGCAGCAGGAUGAUUGUAGAGUUGUCUUGGCAAAACAAGAAAUUACAAGGUUACUGGAAACAUUGCAGAAACAGCAGCAGCAGUUUACAGAGGUUGCCGAUCAUAUUCAGUUGGAUGCCAGCAUCCCUGUCACUUUCACAAAGGACAAUAGAGUUCACAUUGGACCCAAAAUGGAAAUUCGAGUUGUUACAUUAGGAUUAGAUGGUGCUGGAAAAACUACUAUUUUGUUUAAGUUAAAACAGGAUGAGUUUAUGCAGCCUAUUCCAACAAUUGGUUUUAAUGUGGAAACUGUAGAAUAUAAAAACCUAAAGUUCACUAUUUGGGAUGUAGGUGGAAAACACAAAUUAAGACCAUUGUGGAAACAUUAUUACCUCAAUACCCAAGCUGUUGUGUUUGUUGUCGAUAGCAGUCAUAGAGACAGAGUUAAUGAAGCACACAGUGAACUUGCAAAGUUGUUAACAGAAAAAGAACUCCGAGAUGCUUUGCUUCUGAUUUUUGCUAACAAACAGGAUGUUGCUGGAGCUCUUUCAAUAGAAGAAAUCACUGAACUUCUCAGUCUUCAUAAACUGUGCUGUGGCCGCAGCUGGUAUAUCCAGGGCUGCGACGCACGAAGUGGUAUGGGACUCUAUGAAGGGUUGGACUGGCUCUCACGGCAACUUGUGGCUGCUGGAGUACUGGAUGUUGCUUGAUUAUAUAUGCAAGUUGUUCCAAGUUUUGUGGUCAAGAGUUAUUUUGCACAUAAUAUGUUGUAAGAAAUUCUACAUCUCAAGAUAGUUAAUUUAGAAUACGUAUGUAAAAGGAAUAUUGGAUUGGGAGAUCACAGUAUUGCUUUUAAAAAUAUUCUGUAGCAAACUUAAAUAUCUGAAUAGGUUAACAUUGGAUUAAAAAGGGGUUCCUUGAGUAUACAUUUUUUUAAAUGUGCAUUUGUUAUUUGAGUUUUUCAGAUUAUACGUGACCCAUAUAUUGGGAAAGAAAGUUACAGAGAAGGGUAAGUGAAGGUUUGUUCUUACUGCCAACUGAGUGCCUAAUGGAACCUCUGUGAAACAAGUGAAGCAUAACUUGACUUUCCCUGAAUUUUGGCAGGUUUAGGAGUAAGAAUGGCAAUGACUUAAUGAAAGAGAAUCCACAAAUUGCAUCUUUGGGUAAUAGGUUACUUUUAUCUUUAGUAUAACAGAAUACCUUUAAGACUACAAGCUAUAGAAAAUUAACAUUUUAUAGUGUUUUACUAAAACUUUCUCCUAAAGCAUUUUGUAUAAAAUCCAGUGAGUCAGAAUGAAAUGUUGCUUAACUAAGUCUGUCAAAUUAGUACUAACCUGAAGAAUAGUAAAACUGUGAAAGUCACUUAGGUUCUAGUUGAACUUCACUUAUGAAAGACCCAUUUCCAGGGCUGAACCUGGAUGUAUUCCUAGGUCAGAGUUCUAAAUUGGUUUUUCUAUUAUUUCAGCAUACUCAAGUAUUACUUAGUGUUUAUAUUUCAAAUAAUAUUGUAUCCUUAGUGAGAAUCACUGUAUGUAAAAGGUAUUAAAAAACCAGAGCUGGCUUUACAUAAAAGAGAGACAUCUUAAGUAGAAAGCUACCUUUACCUAAGAGAAGUCAUUUAAACAAUAGGGAAUGAUUUCCCAAAAUAAGUGCAUUUAUCUUCAGAGUAAAAUAUGGUCAAGGCUCUUUGUGACAAGGCCUUCAAGUUACUUAAGGGAAAAAGCAUGUCCAAGGAAGGAAAAGAAGAAAUGUUGAAAAAGUUUACACUUACUGUGUAGUGUUGUGAGUGAAAGUUUAAAAAUUUUGUGCUGUUGUUUUUCAUUUUUUAAGGAUAUUCCCUUACUAUGGCAGUACAAUUUAUUAAACAUAGCUAGAUUGGAUUUCAUGGUUUUUUAAAAAUACUUUUUAUAUUUUAGGAUGAAGUUGAGUCAUAAAUCUUAGUUGAACUACUGUGAGGACACUGAUGUGUAAUGACAAGAUGUGAUUUGGUGGUACUGUUUUGGUUCACUGUCUUCAAAUAUAUUUUUAGUU